CCGGGAGUUUAACUGUCCCUCGUCUGCUCUCGUUCUUUGGCUUUUUUGCGACAACGAGUUGGCUUCUGGGACUGUUUUGACGCUUUGACGACAGAUAGAAAGGAGCUGAGGAUAGCUAUAUACGUACAUCACCGGUAACCCAGCCGUCGUGAAGAGUCUUGAGAGUCACGAGGCCGCUCUGCCUGCUCUGCCAACCUCAGUAAUAUCGAUUGACUGAUCGGUUGUUCUCCUAUGUGACUUUUUUUCUCCUUUGCGAAUUCUUGCCCGGGAUUGCUUUUCCUAGAACAACUAGAGAGGCAUCAUUGUCAGUGUCUAUAGACUUGCGCAGAACCUAUUCUUUCUUGAAAGGACUUUGAAGGCAUCCGUCGCUCAAUUCUCAUCGAGUGUCCGGAACUUCUGUCAAAAGGAUAAUAUCUUCUUUUUUUAUUUGAGAGACUUCUUUUUAUUUACAAUUUAUCUCCCUUUCCCCCUCCCCCUCCCCCCAAGAGGAUAUCAUUCUGAGCUGCCAUCAUGUGCAUAGCUCUCAUCUCCACCGCCCACCCGGACUACCCUCUAAUCCUAAUCGACAAUCGAGAUGAGUUCCUUCGCCGCCCAACAGCCGCCGCAGCCUGGUGGCCAGAGCCACACUCCUACGUGCUCGGCUCCCGGGACAUGGCACGCGCCGCCCACGGGACUUGGCUGGGCGUCACCCGGCAAGGCCGCAUCGCCGUCCUAACAAACUAUAAAGAGGCCUCCAGCCAGGCCGUGGGACAGCUGAGUCGUGGCGAGAUCAUCAACUCCUUCCUGGAGCUGCCACCCGACGGCUCCGUGAGCACUGAGGAGUACGUCGAGCGGCUGAUCGCGGGCGGAGAGGCGCAGUUGGCCGGUGGGUUUAGCCUGGCAUGCGGCAGCAUCCAGGGCCCGUUGGCGGUCGUGUCGAAUCGGGUAUGUGCGAAAGAUGGAGUGGCGUGGAUCGCGAAGGAGAAAGGGGAGACGGUUGUGUUGAGUAAUACGGCGUUUGGGGAUUGCUCGUGGGCGAAGAUCAGGAAUGGAGAGCGGUUGAUGAAGGAGGCACUACACACGAGUUAUAAGAUGGGGGAGAGCGAGGAUCAGCUUGUGCAGAGGCUGCUGGGGCUGUUGAGCACAGAUACACUGCCGAGGUUGAAGGAAGGGGCGGAUGUCGAGACGUAUAUCGAUCUGUUGUGUGAGAGUAUCUUUAUCCCUGUGAUUGGAGAGGAAGAGGAGGAUAUGAGGGAGGAAGCGGAGAUCUGUGCGUCAAAUAUUCAUGAGAAGGCGGAGGUUAUGGGCAACGCAUCAGAAAAUCAUAUGCGGUAUAUGAAAGGCCUGUACGGGACGCAGAAGCAAACGGUAGUUCUAGUGCAUCAUUCGGGGAGGGUCAAAUUCUUUGAGCGAACGCUUUAUGAUGACGAUGCGAAGCCGGUUCCGAUCGGGAAGGGUGACCGGACGUUUGAGUUCAUCGCUGAGGAAUAUGGAGCGCAAUCGUGAUAUACGAAUUUCCUCAGAGCCUCAAAAUGGUUGCUUCUCUGGCGUUUAUGGCCUUUGAUAUCUCUAUCGCCCGACGCAAUUUUCAUGGCUGUCCUCGGCCUCAAACCCGUUGACGAGUAACUCAGUCACCUCUCCGGACAUCCUGUUUCCUAUCGAUACCUUCCUCGCGGAAAUAACCUACAUAUUCCCUUUCUUCGCUGGCUAUUUCGCGUCUCUCUCUCUCUCUUCCCCCUUUCCAUUUCCCUUCGCUGAAGCCGCGACUUCUCAACAAUCGAAACUCCUACAUAUUUAGUCUUCCCGGACUACCUACUUAGCUUAAUGAUGUUUUAUGAUCGAAUCAC